AUGCAGCCCAGCCAGCGAGGGCUGCCGGGGACGCACGCGCGCGUGCCCGCGAAGCGCGUCAAGGUCCAGAAUGCACCUGCGCGGCGUGUGCUAGGCAACGAAACGAACCGCGUCGGGCGGUCGUCGCCUGCCGAUGCGACGCAGCGCAAUGUCAUGCACGAGCUCGUCUCGCUCGACGCGCGGCGGCGCCAGGAGGUGGAGAGCGAGGGGCGCAAGGCGCAGGCAGAGCAGGCGCUGCGUGCGCAGGAGUGGGAGGAUGCGCUGCGUGCAGAGCGCAAGCUCGCGGCCGCGAAUCGCGCGCCAGAGCCGGUCUGGCGAGGCUACAACGACUACGAGGUCGAGCUGCUGCGCGCCGAGCACGAGCAGACGCAGCACGCGCUCCAGGCGGAGAUCGACCGCCAGCGCGAGGAAAUUAAGGAGCUGAAACGCGCCAGGGACGAGCACGAAACGGCGUACGAUGCGAUGGCAUCGGCCAACACCGCGCUGACCGAGCAGGUCGCCUCGCUCGAGAUGCAGCUUGCAACGUACGACGACCGCGCCCACGCACUGCACGCCGACGUCGAGGCGACGAAAGCGCGCAAUAGCCAGCUGGAGCGCGAUCUGCAAGCCGCCGAGACGCUGCGGCGCAAGCUGCACAACCAGAUUCAAGAGCUGCGGGGCAAUGUGCGUGUCUAUGCGCGUGUGCGGCCCCCGCGUGCCGACGGCGCCCAGGCAUUGAUCAAGUUCCCGGACGCGAUGCUCAAGACCCAAAUCGAGGUCGUGUCCCACGCCGAGAGCGCGACUGGCGCGCCGACCACGCGGCAGCACGCCUUUGCCUUUGACCAUGUCUUUUCUCCUGCCGCGACACAGGAAGACGUCUUUGCGCAGGUGUCUGACCUGAUGCAGAGCGUUUUGGACGGGUACAAUACCACGAUCUUUGCGUACGGCCAGACGGGCUCGGGCAAGACGCAUACCCUCGAAGGCGGCGCCGAUGCGCCGUUGGGCGCCCACUCGCUCUGUGCGUCGGCGGGCCUGAUCCCCCGUGCGAUGCACAUGCUCUGGGACGUCUCUGCGCGGCUCCAAGCCCAGGGAUGGACUUACGAGUUUGAGGCACAGAUGCUGCAGAUCUACCUCGACCAUAUCUACGACCUGCUCGGCACGCCCGCGUCGGACAAGGAGAAGCACGAGGUGCGGCACACCGACGCGCACACGACCGUGACCAACACCGUGACCGUCCCCCUGUCUGGCCCCCACGAGGUCUUUUCACUGCUGGAGCGUGCCAAGAAGCGGCGGCAGGUCGCGUCGACGCUCAUGAACGAGCGCUCGAGCCGGUCGCACAGCGUCUUUAUGCUGCGCGUGCGCGGCCGCAACGCGACGACGAACGAGACGAGCGAUGCGACGCUCAACCUGGUCGACCUAGCUGGCUCGGAGCGCCUUGCGACGAGCGGCUCGGCCAGCGACCCGACGCGCCUGAAAGAGGCGCAGAGCAUCAACAAGUCGCUGAGCAGCCUCGGCGACGUGAUCAGUGCGCUCGGCGCCGGCCAGGCGAAACACGUGCCCUACCGCAACUCGGCGCUGACGUGGCUGCUGAAGAACAGCCUUGGGGGUAACGCCAAGACCCUCAUGCUCCUUGCGCUGUCGCCGCUUGCGACGCACCUCAACGAGACGCUCUGUUCGCUGCGUUUUGCUCAAAAGGUGCAUGCCACCCACAUUGGCACGGCGCGUGCCAUCAAAGGCACGAGCGACGCGUAG